AUGUACGCCCUGGACCCGCGGCUGUGGGACGGCUGUGCCUGCGACGACGCGGAGCCCGCCUCACACCACGACCCCUACGCCGCGGCCCACGCCAGCGCCAGCCAGGGCUACAGCCAGGGCUACAGCCGGCGCCUCGGCAGCGGCCUCAGCUGCAGCUGCUCCGGGGCACAGCUGCUGUCCAUCCCACAGCAGCUGACCCGCAGCCGCCUACCCGUCCGAUCACUCGUCGUGGAGGCGGCAGGCACGCAGACGCUGAAGGCCUCGGAUCUCGACUGCUGCAGGAGAGACCUGCAGGAUCUGACGCUGGCGGACCUCAAGAACCUCACCAGCAUCGAGAGCGGCAUCUUGCACGACAUGGGUCAGCUCAGAACCUUGGAGCUGUACCGGCUGCAGAAGCUGACCCACAUCCCACACGACGUCUUCAACGUGGCCAUGCCCAGGCUGAGGCUGCUGCGCAUCAUGCAGACGGGGCUGAAGCAUCUGCCGCCGCUCAACAUGCUGGCCCAGAUCCUGGAGAUUGUUGAAUUCGAGGGGAACGACAUCAGCUUCCUCUCGUCGCACUCCGUGGCCGUGCGGACCUCCAUGCUCAACCUCGGCUACAACCUGAUCGAGCACGUCGCGGCGCGCGCCUUCGACACGUCGCAAAUCGCUCGCCUGAGCCUCAAGGGCAACGCCAACCUGCGCACCCUUCACCAGGACGCCUUCCUGGGCAUCGACAGUCUCCGACACCUCGACCUGUCGAGCACGUCCAUCACGGACCUGCCAACCCGCGGCCUGGAGAACUUGGAGCACCUCCUCCUGCAGGACACUCACCUGCUCAAAGUCUUCCCAGCCGCGUUCCAUUUCAAGGCUUUGCAGGUGGCCAACCUGACCUACCCGUACCACUGCUGCGCCUUCAGCUUCCCCGCCCAGCACCGGCCGCAGGAGUACGCCAACUACCAGGAAAAGCUGCGCGAAGCCCAGGCCCGCUGCUCCGCCCUCAACAGCUCCAACGUGGUGGCGGUGGCGGCGGAGGGCGCAAUGCAGCCACUCGCCAUGUUCCUGGGCCCCGCCGUCGUCGACAGCCGGCGGACCGCGGGCUGGGAGGAGGAGACCUUCCACCUGGACAACGUGACCCUCCACACGGGCGUGCUGGAGGCGGUGUGCGGCGCGCUGGGCCGACCGCGCCCGCCCGUCACGUGCUCGCCCGAGCCCGACGCCUUCUCGCCGUGCGAGGACCUCAUGGGCAACUGGCUGCUGCGGCUGUCGGUGUGGGCCGUGUCCGUGGCCGCGCUGGUGGGCAACGGCACCGUGCUGCUGGUGCUGCUAUCGCCGCGCCGCCGCCUCUCCGUGCCCCGCUACCUCAUGUGCCACCUGGCCGCCGCCGACCUGGCCAUGGGCGCCUACCUGCUCAUGCUGGCCGUCAUGGACGCCGUGUCCAUCGGCGCCUACUUCAACUACGCCAUCGACUGGCAGAACGGCAUGGGCUGCCAGGUGGCGGGCUUCCUCACCGUGUUCGCCAGCGAGCUGUCCGUGUUCACGCUCACGCUGCUCACCACGGAGCGCUGGUACACCAUCACCUUCGCCAUCCACAUGAACCGGCGGCUGCGCCUGGGCACGGCCAUGCGCAUCAUGGCGGCCGGCUGGGUGUACUCCGUGGUGAUGGCGCUGCUGCCCCUGGUCGGCGUCAGCGGCUACUACGUCACCAGCAUCUGCCUGCCGCUGCGGUCGCUGAUGACGCGCGACAGGGCGUACCUCGGCGCGCUGCUCGCCUUCACGGCGCUGGCCUUCACCGUCAUCUGCGCGUGCUACUGCCGCAUGUACAGCGCGGUGCGCGGCGGCCAGGACGCGCGCGCCGCCAUGCAGCGCUCGGACGUCACGCGCUGCGCCGUGCAGGUGGCCAAGCGCAUGACGCUGCUCGUACUGACGGACUUCGCGUGCUGGGCGCCCAUCGCCUUCUUCGGCGUGACGGCGCUGCUGGGCGCGCCGCUCAUCGACGUGCCGCGCACCAAGAUCCUCCUCGUCUUCUUCUACCCGCUCAACGCGUGCGCCAACCCUUACCUCUACGCCCUGCUCACCCGGCAGUUCCGCAACGACCUGGUCACGCUGCUGGGCCGCUACAAGUUCUUCGCCACGCGCGCCGCCAAGUACAAGGGCGGCCCGGCCACCACGCCGAGGGAGUCUUCGCGGCGCGUGGACCCGCUGAGCGGCGCCGCGCUGGCGCACCGCGCGUUGCACACGGGCCAGCUGGCCACGGCGUCGGGGCUGGUUCCCGCCAAGCAGCGCGACGACUCCACCGAGCUGGAGCUGGUGCUGGUGGAGCGGAGCCGCGUCGCCAGGACGUCCAUCGCGGCGCUGCCGCCGCCCGUCCCGGAGCCCGUCAAGGAGCCCGUCAAGGAAGCCGUCUUGGCCGUGGAGGAGGACGGCCAGGACGAGGCCGACGACGCGGCCUUGGCGACCUUGGCGGCCCCGGAAAGCAGUGCCGGCGUCUAG